AUGUUGCAGCAUAAACUAUAUUUCUAUGGAAAGUUCUUUUUGAAGACCCAUUCCCAAUAUCGUGUAGCAUACAUUGCUCGUCGUACGAUUUCGUACGAUCAACAUGAAUCUCCGACCGUCCCUCAUCAUAUUCAUUCAACACCAACAUUAAAACUAACUGAAAAACUUCCUUCAUCAUGUCAUAUUCUCAUUGCUGGUGGCGGCAUUAUUGGCCAAUCAAUUGCUUAUCAUUUAAGUGAAAUUGGCGUUAAAGAUGUUGUACUUAUUGAAAAAGCCAAAUUAGCAUCGGGCGCAACAUGGCAGAGCUCUGGGCGAGUAUCUCUUCUACACAAUACAGUUAUUGAAACACAUUUCGCGAAAUACUCAAGACAGUUAUAUGAAAAAUUGCAUAAAGAAGGACAUGAUAUUGGUUUUCAUGAAAUCGGUAGUAUAUGGAUCGCUCAAACGCCUGAUCGGCUGCAUACACUUCAACGACAAUAUUCUGCAAUGAGAGCAUUAGGUAUUGGUUGUGAAAUAUUAAAAACAGAAAAAGUAGUUGAAAAAAUACCGAUUAUUAAUCAACAAGAAAUAUGGGGCGGUCUAUUGAUUUCCGAUGAUAUCAUGGUAGAUCCUGUACCAUUAUGUUUAACAUUUGCUCGAUCAGCCAUAGAUAAAGGAGUAAAAAUUAUUGAAGAUUGUUAUGUCACAGAAAUUCUUACAGAAAAACAACGUGCUGGACAAUAUGAUCGAGUGACUAGUGCUGUAACAUCACAAGGAGAAAUAACAUGCGAUGCUUUUAUUAAUUGUACAGGAAUGUGGGCACGAGAACUCGGAUUUCAAUCUUCUCCAAGCGUUCGAAUUCCUACAAUGGCAUGUGAAUAUGUGUGUUUAAAAACAAAAUCAAUAGGAAAUUUUCCUAGUGAUAUUCCAAUUGUGCAUAAUCCAGAAGAACGCUUUUAUAUACAACCAUUACUUGAUCAUAGUUUAUUAAUUGGUGGUUUUCUGCGUCAAUCAAAACCUGUUUUUACAAAUGGUGUACCAGACACAUUUCAUUUUUCUCUUCUACCCGAUAAUUGGGACGAUUUUCAUUGGAUAUUAAGCAAUGCUAUUAAACGAUUUCCUAUUCUUGCCGAAAGUGAAUACGAAAUAUUAAUUACUGGUGCUGAUAGUUAUACACCUGAUGGUCGUGUAAUUAUGAAUGAAUCAGCUGAAAUUGAUAAUUAUUUCGUUGCCUCGGGUACAAAUGGACAUGGUAUAGCACUGGCUGGUGGUAUUGGUAAAUAUAUGGCUGAAUUAAUACAUAAGGGAAACACAGAUUUCAGUACAUGGCCAGUAGAUAUACGCCGUUUUAUGCGCCUGCAUACAAAUAAACGUUUUCUUGAAGAUCGUCUACGAGAAAUACCAGGAAAACAGUAUUCAUUAAAAUAUCCAACAUACGGUAUGUCAUUGUAUCGAACGGGUCGAAAAUUACGUGUUUCACCAUUACAUUCAAAAUUACAAGCCGCUGGAGCAGUUUACGGUGAAGUACUUGGUUAUGAACGUCCAUUAUUUUUUAAACCCGAUGAAGCAGAUAAAAAUUACGAAGAUUUAAGUAAACAGGGAACAUUCAGUAAAGCACGAUGGUUUAAUACAGUUAAAAAAGAAUACAAUGUUUGUCGAAAAGGUGUGGCUAUUAUCGAUAUGACAUCAUUUACAAAAUAUGAACUGAAAUCAGCUAAUCGAAGUGUUGUGGAUUUUCUUCAAAUGCUGUGUGCAAAUAAUAUUGAUAAACCAAUUGGUACUGUUGUUCAUACGGGAAUGUUAAAUGAACAAGGUGGUUAUGAAAAUGAUUGUUCUGUAAUACGUCUUGGAGAAUAUCAUUUUCUUUUGGUGAGUCCCACAGCACAAUCUACUCGUAAUAUGAAAUGGCUUAAAUCUCAUGUACCAGAAGAUGGUUCUGUUCUUCUAUCAGAUGUAACAUCUUUGUAUACAGCAUUGAAUGUGAUUGGACCAAAAGCAAAAUAUUUAUUGGCAGAAUUGAGUGAUGAAGAUUUUAAUGAUUUUGCAAGAAUGACUUGUCAAGAAAUCGAUGUUGGCUUUGUUAGUCAUAUCUAUGCCAUGCGAUUAACACAUACUGGUGAAGAUGGUUUUAUGCUCUAUAUACCAUCAGAAUACGCUUUAUGCGUAUACGACAUGUUAAUGGAACAAGGCAAAGAUUAUGGAAUCAUUAAUGCCGGAUAUUUUGCACAACGAACUCUUCGAAUCGAACGAAUGUAUCCAUCUUGGGGACAUGACAUCGAUAAGAAAACCACACCGUUUCAUUUAAAUCGAGAAUAUCAUGUUUCAUUCGAUAAAGAAUUUAUUGGUAAAGAAGCUUUAUUAAAACAGCGAAAAGUAGGAAUGCAAAAACGAUUCGUUCAAUUCCUUCUUGAAAAUCAUAAUCUCGAUGCCGAUCCAUGGCCAUGGAGUGGUGAACCUAUUUAUCGUAAUGGUGAAUUUUGCGGUUUUGUUACAUCAUCAGCAUAUGGCUUUACACUAGGCAAACAAGUCUGUUUAGGACAUGUUCAUGCUCCUUCUUCAGUAAAUAUAACAAUGAAUUAUAUUCGUGGUGCAACAUAUGAAAUUGAUAUAGCGACUAAACGAUUUAGGGCACGUCCCAAUUUAUAUCAACCGUCGGAGAUGGGUCCGACCGUUCAACUUAAUAUGAACUAG